AUUGGCGCGAGGGUUUGAAGUUUCAUAGCAGAAAAAAUGGAGGAAGAAUACGAUGAUGCAGAGGUUGAAGAAGAGUUUUCAGUUUGGAAGAAAAACACUCCUCUGUUGUACGAUCUCUUCAUUUCUCACCCUCUUCCAUGGCCUUCUCUUACUGUUCACUGGCUUCCCUCUUCUCCUCAACCUCACUCUCACCCUUCCUUCAAUAUCCAAAAACUCGUUCUCGCUACUCACACUUCCCAAGGUGAACCCAACUUCCUCAUGCUCGCAGAUGCGACCCUCCCCGUGGACGCCGCACAACCCAUCAUUGCCUCCGAUCUUAACUAUCCUGUUAUUCCCAAGAUAGAGAUUACCCAAAAGGUUCCUGUUGAUGGGGAGGUGAAUCGAGCGCGUUGUAUGCCACAAGACGCUAGUAUUGUUGCCGCGAAAACUUGUAAUUCUGAGGUUUAUGUGUUCGAUUUCGCCAAGCAAUGCAAGAAUGAGUCUGGUCCUAAUUUGAGGUUGAGGGGUCAUGAUAAAGAGGGUUAUGGUUUGUCUUGGAGCCCUUUCAAGAAAGGGCAUCUUUUAAGUGGUUCCCAUGACCAUAAGGUUUGCUUGUGGGAUGUGCCUGCUGCAUAUCAAGAGAAUGUGCUUGAUGCAAUUCACGUUUAUGAGGCCCAUGAAAGUGUGGUUGAAGAUGUGUCCUGGCAUUUGAAGGAUGAGAAUUUAUUUGGGUCCGUCGGUGAUGAUUGCAAAUUGAUAAUUUGGGACUUGCGAACAAACAGACCCCAACAAUCUGUCAAACCACAUGAGAGGGAGGUGAACUUUCUUUCUUUCAAUCCAUACAAUGAAUCUAUUUUGGCUACCGCAUCUUCAGACACCACCAUUGGUCUCUUUGAUAUACGGAACCUUACAGUGCCGCUACAUGUUUUAAGUAGCCACACAGAUGAGGUAUUCCAGGUAGAGUGGGAUCCUAAUCAUGAGACCGUGUUGGCAUCGUCUGGCGCUGACAGAAGGCUGAUGGUUUGGGACCUUAACAUGGUCGGGGAUGAGCAGAUAGAGGGAGAUGAAGACGGUGGCCCACCCGAACUACUCUUUUCUCACGGGGGUCACAAAGGGAAAAUAUCAGAUUUUUCGUGGAACAAAAAUCAGCCAUGGGUUAUCUCAAGUGUAGCUGAGGACAAUUCUUUCCAUGUCUGGCAAAUGGCCGAGAGCAUUUACAAUGAUGAUGAUGAUGACACGUGGAUGGCCGAUGACUAACAUUAACGGGACACAGGCUCAAAGGCGAAGCUCUUACUACCAUUGCUUUGCUGUUAGAAACUCUGGUACUUUGAUUUUCACUACCAUGUUUUUUGUUUUGUGCAAUUUUCUUGUUGCGACCACGUAACGGCUGGAACAGUGAUACAUCGUAGUAUCGUUGUCAGACAUGAAUUCACUUUUAUGUGCAGAAUAGAUCUAUUGAGUUUGUAUAAAACUACAUAGUGAUUCCUAUGAGAUAAUCCAACUAUGUGCGCGUGGCUGCAUGCUUGCAAUGAGUGUUUUUCCUUUUCUAUACACAAUCGACAAUGUUCUU